AUGAAUAGAAAGCCUGCACCACAGGGUAUGCCUCCACAAGGAGGUAUGCCACCUCAACAACAAAGACCUCAAGGCAUGCCACCUCAACAGCAACAGAUGCCACAGAUGAUGGGCAGACCAGCACAACCAUCACCAGCCAUCACCAAGAAGGCUGCACCAAUCGUUCUAUCUCAGAUACCAAACAUAUCGAGCAAGGUGCUCAAUCUAACAUCGAUCAGAGAGCAAUCAAAGAGAGAGCUAGGUGAAGCUCUGAGCAUCAUCAAAGGACCCAAGGCAUUGGUCAUGGACCCAAAGAUCAUAGGUCUACUCAAUCUAAUCGUUGAUCCACAGUUCUUGAUUAGCAAUGGUACAGAGAGGAACUAUGAGCUGAAGCCAGGUAGAUUGGAUACACAGUCUGCCAACAUUAUCUAUAUCAUUAGACCAAAGAUCAAGUACAUGCACAUCAUUAAGGAGCACAUUCAGAGACAUUUGGAUGAUGGCUUCAAGAAGAACUAUGGAAUCAUUUAUAUACCAAGGAGUACUAUCCUUGCACAGCGUGUGUUGGAGGAGGAAGGUGUUGCUGGCAACAUCGAGGCCACAUAUGAGCUACCCCUGGACAUUGUACCAUUCGACGAGGAUGUCCUAUCACUCGAGUUGCCAACAGCCUACAAAGAGUUCCUUUUGGAGGGAGAUAGAACAUCCUUGUUCUACGUCGCCAAGUCACUGAUGAAGUUGCAAUCAAUGUUUGGAACUAUCCCCGUCGUCAAGGGCAAGGGACAAUGCUCAAGGCUCGUAAUGGACUUGAUAACAAGAAUGAGGAAAGAGAUGGGCGAGGAGUGUACAGUACCACCAGAGAUCGACUCUUUGAUCCUUAUCGAUCGUGAUGUAGACUUGAUCACACCAAUGUGCACACAGCUUACUUAUGAGGGAUUGAUCGACGAGUUCUUCAACAUCCGUAAUAACGCCGUCUACUUGGAUGAGGACCUGGUCAAUCCACCUCCAACAAAGGAGGGCGCACCACCCCCUCCACCUUCGGAGAAGAAAGUUCCCUUCCCUCUGCACUCCAACGACAAGGUCUACUCGGACAUUCGCGACAUCAACUUUUCAGUGCUCUCUGGCAUCCUCAACAAGAAGGCCAAGGACAUUGAUGACUACUACAAGCGUUUUAAGGACUCGCAGUCACCCGCCGCCAUGCGAGACUUUGUCAAGAACUUCCCGCAGAACCAGGCACAGCACAACAGUCUUCGCAUCCAUACCAGUGUGUUUGAGAGGAUCCUUGAGAUCACCAAGACACCAGCGUUCUCCAAGCGAAUCGAAUGUGAGCAGAACCUGUUGGCCGGUCUCUAUCAGGAGGAGGUGGACAAGUACCUCGAGGAGUGCAUCAACAAGAAGGCACCAUGGUACAAGAUCCUCAGACUGCUCAUCCUCUACAGUCUCACACACAAUGGUAUCAAGCCCAAACAGUUGGAGCUGUUCAAACGCGAGAUUGUCCAAUCGUACGGAUGCGAACUGAUCCUCACGCUGGCCAAUCUUGAGCGCAUUGGCCUGCUCAAGAAACAAGAGUCCAGAUCGACAUUCCCAGCACUGCGACGCGAUCUCAACCUGAUCACCGAAGAGAUCAACGAGAACAACCCCACAGACAUGGGCUAUGUGUACAGUGGAUACACGCCACUCAGCUGUCGUCUGGUCCAACACGCCAUUCGUCCCAACGGCUGGAAGGCCAUCGAAGAGACGUUGCGAUCACUUCCAGGUCCUACAUUCGAAGAGGUGCAGCCACUGCCUCAAGGUGCCAUGUCCAACGUCAAGAACGACAGGAAGCCCAUCACAUUGGUCUACUUUAUCGGUGGUGUCACCUUUGCCGAGAUAUCUGCACUGCGAUUCCUUUCGAGACAGGACCAGGCCAACAGAGACUUUAUUGUAGUGACGACCAAACUGAUCAAUGGUGAUUCAUUGGUAGACAACCUUGUAGACAAGUUGGAAGAUGAUUGA